ACGCUCUCCUUUUCACACACACACCAGAGAGAGAGAGAGAGUAAGUCCCCUCCUCCAUCAUGUCUAGCCCACGGCUUAGUUCAGUGAUUGCUUCCCUGGUCAUACUAUCCCUCAGCAUUGUAGCACCACCACCGCGAGCGGAAGCGGCUCGAGCUUUCUUUGUGUUCGGGGACUCUCUCGUCGACAGCGGCAACAACAACUACUUGGUCACCAUUGCGCGCGCCGACUCCCCCCCAUAUGGCAUUGAUUAUCCGUCCCACCGGCCGACCGGCCGCUUCUCCAACGGCCUGAACUUACCCGACCUUAUCAGUGAGAGUAUCGGUUCAGAGCCGGCGCUGCCAUACUUGAACCCGGAGCUCACCGGAGAGAAGCUACUCAUUGGCGCCAACUUCGCGUCCGCGGGGAUCGGGAUCCUCAACGACACCGGCGUUCAGUUUCUUACCAUAAUAAGGAUGUUCCAGCAAUUCGCGAACUUCCAAGUGUACCAAGCGAGGCUCAGCGCGCUGAUCGGAGCAGAGCCGGCGCAGCAGCUGGUGAACGAGGCGCUGGUGCUGAUGACCCUCGGCGGCAACGACUUCGUCAACAACUACUUCCUCACGCCCAUCACCCCGAGGCGGCGCCAGUUCUCCAUCGAAGCCUUCUCCGACUACCUCAUCUCCGAGUACAGAAAUAUCCUCCGGAGACUGUACGACUUGGGAGCCCGCCGAGUGCUGGUGACGGGGACCGGGCCGUUGGGCUGCGUGCCGGCCGAGUUAGCCUCGCAAGGAAGCCGGAACGGGGAGUGCGCACCGGAGCCGCAACGAGCCGCCAACAUAUUCAACCCGGCGCUCGUCCAGAUGCUCCGAGGACUGAACCAGGAGAUCGGAUCCGACGUCUUCAUCAUCGCUAAUGCGUUCCAGAUGAACAUGGACUUCAUCAACAACCCCCAACAAUUUGGCUUUAUUACAUCCAAAGUGGCGUGCUGUGGACAAGGGCCUUACAACGGGCUGGGAGUAUGUACCACCCUCUCGAACUUGUGUCCCGACCGGAGCGUGUACGCAUUCUGGGACCCGUUCCACCCGACCGAGCGCGCGAACCGGAUCAUCGUCCGACAGAUCCUGACCGGCUCGACCGACUACAUGAGCCCGAUGAACCUGAGCACCAUCAUGGCCUUGGACUCCAAGAUCUGAUCAAUUGAAGUCUCUCGGGUAGCAGCAUUACUUAUUUCGGAGCAAGCAAUCAGUCUCCAACUCUCAAGUGUCUUCUUAUUGGAGUAUGUACUUACCACAUGUCAAGCGUAACAUGAUUUGCUGUGGUUCAGACUUUUCUGUUGUACUAAAUUAGUCUCUCUUUUCUAA